CAGUGACUGACUCGUUGGGGCCGCAGUUGGGCUCCGAGUAAGCCGUCAGGUAACAUCGCUCCAUACUGAUCUUUGCAACAUCUGCGUUUCCUAUCAUUUGUUGCUAUCACUCUAGAUACGUUGAUCGGCGUGCAGUAAUCAAAUGCAAGAGUUUGCAGAACAAUAAUACAAUAACACCAGUCGUUGGUGGGGGACAAGUUUCGAAUGUUGUUUGGUUUUGUGUGUGCAUGUGCCAAUUCGAAGUUAACUCUUCUUUGAUUGCGGUUAUUGUCUACUAGUUUUGAAUGGUCGCUGUUCACCAAAGUUGGCACGGGCUGUACAGCCCGUUUCCGCGUUCUGCAUUUUUUAUCGGGAUCAAUGACACGGCAGUUAGUGAAUGGACAAUGAAUGUUCAAAUAGACGUUUAUUGCAAUCACAGAGUUUCACGCCCUACAUUUGGAUCCUUCGUCUUCAGUAUUUGCGUUUUGAAGUAUUGAGUGACGUUUGGAUUUUGCUGCAUCAUCGCUGCUGUCCACCCACGUGUAGAUAGAGUCAGGAAUCCUGAAGUUUCCAUGGUGUUGCAGUCAGCAGACGACAUUGAAGAUUUCACAGCCUCUCGAGCCGCUCAUCGAUCGAACUGCAACGCAAAGCCCAUCGUUGCAGAAGUAAGAAACACAGUUUGAAUAGUACCUCACGAACUUCAACAUGGAACGACACUUGACGUCUUCAAUUGCCCUCAAUCCGAAAACUCGUUACUGGCAAUGGAUUCUAUUCGCUCUACUGGCACUCGUGUGCCAAACAGGUCGGUGCAACGAGGUGAACCAAGUUGGGCCGGCUCCUUCCGAAUGGGCUGUCGUCGAAGCGAGUUCUUCUAGCUCGGCAACAACGUACGUGGCCGACGCCGACUUUGACGUGAUGCCGACGGAAGUCCGUGUAGCGGCCGGCACCACGGCCUAUCUCAGCUGUCGGCCGCGCAGCUUACGGAACAAAACGUGGUCUGUGCAGGUGUCGUGGGUGCGCCAUCGGGACCUGCACAUCCUCAGCGUCGGCAGGUCCGUCUACACUAAAGACGGACGCUUCUCCGUUUACCAUCAACGUCACACGGGCGAAUGGACGCUGCAACUGCGAUCGGUCCAACUCAAGGACUCGGGACUCUACGAGUGUCAGAUCGGAACUCAACCGACUAGAAGCUACUUCGUCCACCUGCAAGUUGUCGAACCUACAACCUCAAUCUUUGGUGGACCGGACAUGCACGUUCACGAAGGGAGCCCUGUGAAUCUUUCCUGCCUCGUGUCGCAAGCCGUUGGCCAACCGGAAUUCUUCUUUUGGUACCACAACGGACAGGUAAUGGAAUUUGGAGGCGACCGGAUCGAAAAGCGACAGUACUUUGCCGAUACGGAUGUAACUGUCAGUUCGCUGCUCAUCAAAGCCGCCCACGUCAGCGAUUCGGGCAAUUAUACAUGUCAACCAGCCCAUUGCCCACCAGUCUCCGCGAAAGUUUACAUUCUCAAAGGUGAACAACCGGCCGCUAUGCAGCGAAGCGGCAGCUCGUUGAUGAUGAACGCUGCUGGAUAUUGGUGGAGACUCUCAGUUGUCGCCCUCGCUAUGUGUUAUUCGUCGUACUCUAUGGGUUUGCUGUCUUUGCCGAUGUCGCUAUUUGUAAUUGUUUCAUUGACGAGUGUACCCAAUUUUGGAUAACCACCACCAAAUCCAACAACUCCUUUACCGCCCCCUUUCCCCCUUUUCCCUCCUUAAAAAAAAAUUACAAAAAUAAAAUAAAAAAAAAGUUAAAAUGUGAACAUAAUAUAUUACAAUAUACUGUCAUUUAACCUAAAAA